GCCAAGGGUCGGAAGCCGAGCAUCGUCCCCGCGCCCGGGUUCCCCGAGCUCGUCUCACCGCAGGCAGCGCCGGAGCUGCUGUGGCCACAGAACUGUUUAAAUCAUGGACAAACAAAAUGUGCAAACGAAUGAUCCUCACCCAGGAACACAGUUGCCAGGUGGGUAUCCCCCUGAAUAUCCUCCGGCAGCUUUCCCAGGACCUCCAGGAUAUACUGGCUAUCCUGGCACCCAGGCUGGCUAUCCAGUCCCGCCAGCUGGCUAUUCAGGUGCUGGCCCAGUCGGCUUUCCUGUCCCAUACCAACCAGUGACUAGUCAGCCAGGCGUGCCUGCAGGGGUACCAUGGAUGCCAGCACCACCACCUCCAUUAAACUGUCCACCCGGAUUGGAAUAUUUGACUCAGAUAGAUCAACUAUUGAUUCAUCAGCAAAUUGAACUUCUGGAAGUCUUAACAGGUUUUGAAACUUGUAACAAAUAUGAAAUUAAGAACAGCCUUGGACAGAGGAUUUACUUUGCAGCAGAGGAUACUGAUUGCUGUACCCGAAAUUGCUGUGGGCCUUCUAGGCCUUUUACAAUGCGGAUUCUUGAUAAUAUGGGCCGAGAAGUCAUAACUCUGGAGAGACCACUAAGGUGUACCAGCUGUUGUUUUCCCUGCUGCCUGCAGGAGAUAGAAAUCCAAGCUCCUCCUGGUGUACCAGUAGGUUAUGUUACUCAGACCUGGGACCCAUGCCUGCCAAAGUUUACACUUCAAAAUGAGAAGAGAGAGGAUGUACUAAGAAUUACUGGUCCAUGUAUUGUCUGCAGCUGUUGUGCAGAUGUUGAUUUUGAGAUUAAAUCUCUUGAUGAUAAAUAUAUGGUUGGCAAGAUUUCCAAGCAGUGGACUGGCCUUGUGAGAGAGUUAUUUACAGAUGUCGAUAACUUUGGCAUCCAGUUCCCUUUAGACCUUGAUGUGAAAAUGAAAGCUGUGAUGCUCGGCGCAUGUUUCCUCAUUGACUUCAUGUUUUUUGAAAUGACUAGAAAUGAACAGAGAGCAGGAAUGUGGUAAUGCAUUCGUUGACAUCUCCUCAGAAAAUCUGAAGUCCCUAUAUUGAUUGGGACUAUGUAAAAGAAAACUGGGUGGAUUUUUCUCUUUAUGUAAAUGACUUAUUAUAGCAUAUGUGAAUUACACUGUGAUGCCUGAAGCUCCAGAUAUAUGAUUUUACUUUUCAAAUUAAAGAGUUUAUUUUUAAUAGCACUUACUUAUAAAUGUUUUUAUACAUUUUCUUUUAUACAUUUUCGUUUUCAUUGUGUAUUUUGGAGAAAGGAUAUAGAAAUUUUUACAUUUAAACAUAACUUCCUAUGAUGAAUUACUUUGAACUACAGUCUCUGCUUUAUUUUCAAU